AUGCAGCUACUUUUGGGGUCUGGCUACAAAGCGACAGGCUCAUCCCUAUUUGCAUGUUUUUCCAUACGACCAAAUGAAGCUUCUCCCCGCCAUUGGCUUUCGCUCCUCGCAGUGCUCCUAUGGGCGGCCGUUCUCCGCCAGCGCCACGUUGACGCGCUCGAUGGACUCGUCGAGGCCGGUCACCUGGCACCACAUCCCACCAGUUCGGGCGAAGCAGCCAGUCCUGUGGCUGACAUCGUGGUGAGCGUGGACGGGUUGGGGGCAACCUGGAAUAGCUCGAAUUGCUCAGCAGAGGCCGAGGCCGGCGCUGCUCCAAGCCUUCGAAGCCUGUGGCCAAGUCGAAGAAACCGACGUGAGAGUCACAUUACCUUGAACUUGGAGCGCUCCAAGCAGGAGAUUCACUUCCUGGACUUCUUCGACAGGAGACCUGGAAGACUUCCUGAAGGCUUCCGGGAGUCUCAGUGCCCACUGCACGAGAUGGACAUCGUGGAGGAUUUUGUGCACUACAAGAGCGCCUACUAUGGCACGAUCAUGGUGGGCAACCCUCCCAAAGCCUUCACCGUGGUCUUCGACACCGGCAGUGGACAUCUCAUUUUGCCCAGCUCCUACUGUCACAGUGCUACCUGCAAGAUCCACCGAAGGUAUCGUCGCAGCGCAUCAUCCUCCGCGCGCGAUAUCGACGCGGACGGCUCGAGCAUCUCGGGCGGCAGCCGGGAUCAGCUCACGGUCUCCUUCGGCACCGGACAGAUCAGCGGGGUCUUCGUGGAGGAUCGGAUGUGUUUUGGCCAACGGAGUCCCACAGACUCUAGCACCAACGUGCCGGUCUCCGGGGGCACCGAGAAUUGCGCCACCAUGCGCUUUGUUGCGGCCACAGACCUGUCGCCUGAUCCCUUUGCAGACUUGAUCUUCGAUGGGGUGCUGGGCUUGGGUCUUGAGAGUCUUUCGCAGACGGCUUCCUUCAACUUUCUACAGGUGGCCUCGGCGAUCACCAGGGAGAGAGGUAGCGAUUGGAGCAGAACCUUUGGCAUUUUCUUGGCUUCCUCGGCAGAGGAACGGAGUCAGAUCACUUUGGGCGGCUGGGCAGAGGAACAUUUGGAGGAGCAGCUCCAGUGGAGCCCAGUGGUAGAUCCCCACUUGGGCCAUUGGCUGUUGGAGAUCCAGGAGCUCCGCGUCGAUGGCGAGCCUGUGGCCUUCUGCCACCAAGGCUGCCGCGCGGUCGUCGACUCUGGAACCUCUUUACUGGCGGUGCCCGGCCCGAUCUUCCCGGAGCUCCACGAGCUUUUACGCUCGGAGGCGCCCUGCGGCCAGCGGCGUCUGGAGAUUCAGCUGGAUGGAGUGACCUUGGAACUCACUGGAGAAGACUUCAGCCGCUUGGAUGAGACGCCGCGUCGCAAGCCCAGACCUACUUGGAAUCCGCAGAGCGCACUGGAAUUCGCUCGCGGCACGUGCAAGCCUAUGCUUAUGGUGAUGGACUUGCCCAAGCUUUUUGGGCCCAAGCUCUUCAUCCUUGGCGAGCCCGUGCUCCAGAAGUUCUACACCGUCUACGAUGCCGAGCAGCAGCGCAUCGGCUUCGGUCGAGCGCGACAUCGGGCGGAGACGGCGACGGUGGAGUCUUGGGCCACGAUGGAUCCUGAGGACUGGUGGUUGGAAGCAGAGGAUGAGCUGGCAGAGGAGGAGGACGGCCUCGCGCUUCCUCUUUUGACUGCCCGCGCUUGA